GGCGCAGGACUUAUUUAUCCACUGCCUGGCCGAGUUAGGUGUGGGGUUGGCGGUCGCCGCGGAGCCAUACCGCGUCGCCGACCGCCCGAACUGGGUGGCCGACGCGUUGGGCUCCGUGGUGAUAGUGGGCAGCGACAUCGCGGCUCUCCGCGUGUUCGCCCGCGGCGACGGGUUCGUCGGGGCGGAGUGCGGCGGCCUGACCCUGAUCGGGGUCUACGCCCCUCCGAGUGCCCCCCUCGCGGCGUUCGAAUGGCUGCUGGACGGGAUCUGGGACGCAUUGUCCCGCUCUCCAGUAGCCGGAACGCUCGUGCUGGGCGACUUCAACGCCAUGUCCACGGCGUGGGGUGGCCCGGCAACGGACGUGAGGGGUCGGGCGGUGCUGGAGGCGAGGUUGAUCGUCGACUUGUCGUGGGCGACGCCUGCCGCCUCGCGUCUCGUGUCGGGAUGGAGGGUAGCGGAGGAGGUGGAGUCCCUUAGUGACCACCGCUACAUCCUUACGGAUGUCUCCCCUGCCCCUGAGUACCAUCCCGCUCGCGGACCCGCGCCGGCCCGACCGCCGCGCAGAUGGGCGCUGAAGCGCUGGGAGAAGGACGCCCUGAUGGCGGCCGCCCUCGCCGCGUCCUGGCCGGAUGCCCCGGCUGGACCGGUCGCGGACGUCGAUCGGGAAGCUGAUUGGUUUCGGGAGUCAUUGACGGCGGCGUGCGACGCCGCCAUGCCCUGA